GCACCAGCAAUCAUGGACAUAACGCCAUCGGAGCCGCCAGCAGCUCCCCCCGCACGGCGGAAAUCGAAGAGCAUAAAUCCCGCGGAGGCUGCAGAAAAAGAAGCGAUCAAAAAGCACACCGAGGAUGCCCAAAGCACGUAUGGCCGCGGGAAAAAUAUUAGAACGCGCAGUGUAAAAGACAAGAAGCUGCGCGCAAACCUCAAAUCCCUGGAGACCAAAUACCGCGAUGCGACCCUCCAAGCCAAGAAUGCCGAAAUCCUCCUCGAACACACCUCCGGAUUCCUCGAGCCUGAACACGCUCUUGAACGAACCUACAAAGUACGGCAAGACGAGAUACGGCAGGAUGUCGCAAUUGAAACGGCGAAGAAGGGCUUUGAGCUGAAGCUAGAAGGGUUGGGGCCUUAUGAUGUGUGCAACUAUACGCGGAAUGGGAGGGAGCUGUUGAUUGCUAGCCGGAAAGGUCAUGUUGCGACAAUGGACUGGCGGAGCGGGAAGCUGGGCUGCGAACUACAACUUGGGGAGACUGUGAGGGAUGCGAAGUGGCUGCAUAACAACCAGUCUUUUGCGGUGGCACAGAAGAAGCAUGUCUACAUAUACGCGCACGACGGUGUGGAGUUGCAUAGGUUGGCCAAGCAUAUUGAGGUCACAAAUAUGGAAUUUCUGCCCUAUCAUUUCCUUCUAUGUACAGCUUCUAACUCAGGCGUCCUCCGCUAUACCGACACAUCAACCGGCCAAAUGGUCACAGAACUCCCCACACAUCUCGGUCCCACAACCGCCCUCUGCCAGAACCCUUGGAACGGAAUCAUGCACCUCGGUCACCAGAAAGGCGCCGUAACGCUCUGGUCCCCAAACUCUACCUCCCCACUCGUCAAACUCCUACCCAACCACGGCCCCGUGCGAGCCCUCGCAGUCGAUCGAUCCGGCCGAUACAUGGUCUCCACCGGCCAAGACCGCCGCAUGUCCGUCUGGGACAUUCGCAUGUUCAAAGAAAUCCACACGCACCACCUCCGCCAGCCCGGCUCCACUAUCUCAAUCAGCGACCGUGACCUCACCGCCGUCGGAUGGGGCACCCAGGUCUCGAUCUUCAAACCCGACCUCUUCACUAAAGCGCAAGAUGACUUUGGGUUAGCACCUCGACCGAAAGUCCCUAGCCCGUACAUGCAAUGGGGCGGCGAAGGCCAUGCGAUCUCACGCGUUCAGUACUGUCCGUUUGAGGAUGUGUUGGGGAUAUCGCAUUCGUCUGGUUUCAGCAGUAUCCUCGUCCCCGGUGCUGGUGAGCCGAACUACGACGCAUUGGAAUUCGGCACCAAUCCCUACGAGACUGUCAAGCAGCGACAGGAGGGUGAGGUGCGCGCGCUGCUCAAUAAGUUACAGCCGGAGAUGAUCUCUCUAGACCCGAGCUUCAUCGGGAACGUCGAUGUGGCGUCUGCCGAGCAGAAGAAGAAAGAGAAAGAUCUGGAUGCUAAGCCGGAGGAUAAGAUCACGAAGCUGAAGGAGCGAGGCCGGGGGAGAAAUAGUGCGUUGAGGAAGCAUUUGAGGAGGAGAGGACAGAAGAACGUCAUCGAUGAGCAGAAGGUUCGCGCGCAAGAGGCAUUCGAAUCACAAAAGGGUAGGGAAAAGGAGAGGGUUAAGCGCUUGGAAGUCGAGUAUGGGCCUGCGCUUGCGAGGUUUGCGAGGAAAGGGACGAUGUGAUGAGGAAGUUGAAAAGAACACUAAGCAUUUCUGUGGGUUAUGGAGUCUAGCAUGAUGGUGUUUGGGACGGCGAAAAAGCGUCUUGUGCAUUGAUACCAGUAAGUGGGGAUCCUGAUAGCAAGGCGAACAUGGUCAGAUUAAGAACUUCUUUCCAAACCUUGUUCUCUAUGUCAUGCCUAUUUAUUGAAGUCGAACGAGGAAACACUUCGUAAACUGAAAGCUGGGAGCGUCAAAGAACUUGGAUGGAUCGAGAUCAAGUUAACCCUAGUCCAAACUCUUAAUCGCCAGAUUUCGAGGGCCUAGCAGAAGGCAGAUGAUUUAGACCGAGACCCAGGAGCACGUUGUUUACAGGUCGAGAAUCAUGAUAUCACCGCCGUUAAAGUCAUCGGGCGGACAAUGGGGCGCUUUAACGAGGGAAGCAUUUCCAGACUGC